CAGGUGCUAGGUUAAGUUCUGGCAAGAAGACUAAUUCUUUCAUGUGCCAUCCACUUCUCCCCUAUCCCCUACCCUCCAAACUCAGGUGGGACCGAAACAGAAUCAUCCACUAUACCGGGGGAAACCUGAUAGCUGUGGCGUCAAAUCGGAAGAUCUACCUUCUAGAUAUCUUACAAGUGAAGGAGCUGCCCAUCGAGUUUCGAGGCCAUGCCGGGAGCAUCCGGACCAUCUUUCUAUGUGAAGAGGAAAUGUUUCUUGUAAGUGGGAGUUACGACCUAAGUAUCAGAUACUGGAAUCUGAAAACUGGGGGUUGCAUGAGAAUCUUCUAUGGCCACCAGGGGACAAUCACUUGCAUGGAUGUCUACAAGAACAAGCUUGUAUCUGGAGCAAAAGAUGGCCAGGUGAAAGAGUGGGAAUUAGACACAGGGAAGUGCCUGAAGACAUUUAAACAUAAAGACCCCAUCUCGGCCCUCAAGAUGAGUGAAACCUACGUUGUGAGCAGCUGUGAGAAAGGGCUUGUCAAAGUGUGGCACAUUGCCACCGCCCAGCUGGUCAAGGUUCUCACAGGGCACGAGGGAGCUGUGAGGUGCCUGUUCUUUGACCAGUGGCAUCUUGUCUCAGGAGGUGCUGAUGGUCUGGUCAUGGCCUGGAGCAUGGUGGGGAAGUAUGAGCGGUGUCUGAUGGCCUUCAAGCAUCCAAAGGAGGUAGUGCAAGUGUUCCUUCUCUAUCUCCGGGUUGUCAGUGCCUGUGCAGAUGGCAAGAUACGUAUUUACAACUUCCUCAAUGGAAACUGUCUGAAAUUGAUAAAAGUCGAUGCCAGAGGUGAGCCUGUGCUGUCCUUCUUUUAUCAUUGCAACAGGAUGGUGGUCAACACAGCCAGCAAUAUUCUUAUGUUCCACUUUGAGAAGGUGAAGUGGCAGUACUCCCAGGAAAAAAAUAAACCAAAGAAGAAAGAAAAAGAGGAGGAAAAGGAAGAAAGCAACCAUGGUGACGUUUCCAAGUCUAGCAUUCAUAUUCAUAGCCUAAGAGAGACUGGACCCAGUAAACACACAGAGGCCCAGGAGUUACCAGCAAAAAGGCCUUCUAAGUCCCGUCCUCAUGUGAAGCCAUCCAAGACCGCUUCAGCUAUGUUGACAGAGACAACUGAAAGCCCAGGAAAAGACAAAUCACCCCAAAAAGAUGGCAAGAAGACAGGAAGUCCUGUUCCUAAGGAAGGAAGUGUCAAGGAUGAUGGCCCAGAGAAUUUGGGAGUAGAAUGCAAGGAUGAAGACAGUAUUCUUGAUGUGAAAACUUCCAUUAGCCUGAUCAAGCGGCCAAAGAAAAAGUCAUGGAAAAUCCCGAUGACACCUGACCGGUUCCUUUUGACUGUCAAUGCUCUACAAAAAGCCCAUAAUUCUGGGGAAUUUGCUUAUCCUCACAGGCCCAAAAUCCAAGCCAUUGAUGACUUGCAAUCUUCAAUUUCAUAUCCAAGAAAGGUCCUAAAUUUCAAAGGAAAAUCAAUUCAACAUGCAGUUGAUCAGUUGAAGUCGAGCAAUCCUUUCCUAGAUGUGAAGCAAACCAAUAUACCCCUUGAAAUCCAGAAACUGAAGCCCAACUUGAAAAACUCUUUGCACAAUCCCAACAUUCAGUCUACCAUACCCCAGCCCAUGGUUAUCUCUGGGUUCCCUGGCAGUUUAAAGAGUAAAGAACCAUUGACCAGUUCAAUCCAAGGGGCAGUUCGUAGUAUGGGCCCUCUGACCAGCAUGCAGGUCAUUAAACCCAACCGAAUGCUAGUUCCGCAAGCGAGUAACAGCACCCUGCCUCUCAAGAAAGAACGGACUCGCUUCUACACGACCCUAGAUCCCCUUCGCACAAACACGGAAUUCAUGCUGAUGACUGUGAAAGAAGAGAAAGAGUAUGGGGAAGCCAAGAUGAAGGAGUAUAAGGACAGUGAGUCUACUAAGGUUGUAGAUCCAGGAAAGGAGAGCAAAGCUGCAUGGAUCCGGAAGAUUAAAGGGCUGCCUAUUGAUAACUUCAUGAAGCAAGGAAAAAUAGCAGCCCCUGAACUUGGACAAAAUGUAUUUAUCUAAACUAGCCUUGGGAAAUUACCAUGUCUUACAAAAACAACAACAAAAAGUGUGUAUUAGU